AUGAGUGAUGAUGCGUUAUUCGCUUGGGAUUGCGAAACAUAUUCAGAAAAAGACACGCGAAGAGCAAAUCCUUAUGCCUGCACUUUAAUUAAUUUAGAAAAACUAAGGAAAAUGUUAAACAGAAUAAAUAAUCUCUUUCCAGAUUUAAAGUCAUCAGAUCCCCUUCCAGAAGAAUUUUAUGAUAAACUAAUGAAUGUAGUAGAAAUAUUUGUAGGUACAGAUUGCAUCGAUCAAAUGUUGAAAUAUUUAGGUCAAUAUGAUAGAAAGAGAUUAAUAUUAAUUUCUCAUAACGGCAGUGGAUUCGACAACUGGAUCGUGCUUAAAAAUGCAAAAAAACUAAUGCAUUGCCCUUUAAAAACACCCAGAGGAAUUCUAUCUUUUCCUUUAUCUAAUCCAUACACGGAUGAAGAUUUACAGAAAAAAUGGAAAAGACAGAAAGAAAUAAAGGGUAAUUAUUUACAACAUAUUAAUUUCACGUGUUCCUAUCAACACGAAUCCUCUAGUUUGGCUGCAUGGGGAAAUUCUUCCAAUCUUCCCGCGAAUUUGAGAAAGAUUGCCGACGUAGAUAUCGCUAUAUACACGCAAGACAAUUGGGAGAAAUUGAGACACGAAUGGGAACCUUACGCCAAGAGAGACACUCUCUGUUUGGGAGCUUGUUUGAUAAAAUACAACCAAGUGACGAAAGAAGUUGUAAACCAGAAUAUGUCCAAUAAUCUAACGGCUCCAUCUUUAUCUUUAAAGGGUUGGUAUUAUUUAUAUCAUUACGAUAAAGAAAUGGUGGAAGAAGAAUGGUAUGAAACUACUAGAAUGGUUGCGAAACAUACCGAAAAAGAAAACGUAGAAAAAGUUUAUUCGCACACUAAUCCUUUUAUAAGAAAUUUUAUCAGACGAUCUAUUAAAGGAACAAGAUGUUCUGCAAAUAGAAAAUCAUUUGAAAUGAACAAAAUGGAUGAAAUUUGUAACGUAUUAAAGGAAUAUAUUUCGCAAAGUGAAAGUAAUAACAUAAUUGAUUUAUUCAAAGAAUACAGCGCAAGCACAAAAGACAAAACGGAGGUUCAUUCGAGACUUAAAAAAAUAGAAUAUACUAAACUAAUGGCAUUUGAUGCUAACGGUUUAUACGCUUCCGCCAUGUCGGAUUUAGACAGUGAAUAUCCGAGAGCGGAAAGUGGAAGACCGUUUCUACCAGAAGAAGAAAAAAGAAUUUGUGAAACUCUUCAAUAA